AUGUGCGAUGAACUGACCAGGUCAUGCUCGAUCGGCCGCGCAUUCUUUAUCUCGGAAAAGGGCUAUUUUGGGCUUGCUCCAUCAACAACUCAGCUUGGGGAUCGGGUGUGCAUCCUCGCCGGCGGCCAGGUGCCCUAUAUCCUUCGCCAGGCGGGGGAGGCGGUGCUUCCCGAUAACAGAACUGUCCGCGCAUUCAAGUUGGUCGGCGACUCCUAUGUUUACGGCAUUAUGCACGGUGAGGCAAUGGCGGACACCGAGGAAGGGGAGGUCUCUUUAGAGCGAUGGGCAUUGAUCUAA